AUGUCAUUCAGGUCACCAAUUACAGAAGAGGAGGAAUUCCCUCAAGGAACAGGCGAUGCAGGGGAAACGAACUUCAAGAAUCAACUACCAGAUAAUUGUGUCGAGUAUCUUCUUUUUUUCUUAGACUCUCAUGUCGAUACUCGCAAGCAGCUAGCACAAAUCGAGAAUGUCCGAAAGUCGGCCAUAGAGCUUGCUGCCACCCUCACCAAAGACUACAUAUGGCAAAAAGAUGAAUUUAAUCUGACUUUAAAAAACGAAAAGGGACUGGUGUACCUUCAUGGUAUCACUGACUAUAGCGAUGCCGUAGAAGAUGAAUGGCUCAUCGUAUAUAUCCUAAGAGAACUAUCAAAGUCCCAUCCCAACCUCUGGAUCCGGGUAUUCGACACGGACGGCGAGUUCCUCCUAGUCGAAGCAGCCAAUGUGCUGCCCAGAUGGCUGAACCCCGAGAUUGACAACAACCGAGCCUGGAUUAACAAAGGAAGCCUUCUUCUUAUCCCCGUCAAAGAUGAAGAGGGUCUCAGAGCUCGCAAUCUUGAACUACCGGAUGCAGUUCAAGUGAUCAAAACGAAACGCGAUGCACUUGUCCACUCAGGGUUCGUCGAAGCCGAAGCCUUCUACAGACUUGAAAAGUACCCGGGGCAGAUCAGUGAAUCUCUACACCAUUCUCUCGUUACGAUACCAAGGAAGUUAGCAUAUAUCCUCCACUCCCUCCCUAAAUCGGUUGCUCCAGCAGUCGAAGAAUUCUAUCUCCGAGAUCCGAUCACCUUGAAACGUGUCAUCUCACCACCCCAACCAUUAGCAUUCCCUCCAGAAGACCUCAUAACAAUGUCUGUUCGGUUUAGCAAGGUACUUUUCGCUCAGUUGCGAUCCCAACGGUUCGAUGCCCCGCCGAGCUGGAGCGAAGUACUUCGGAAAGCGCAGAAAGAGGCACCUUCAGGCGAGGCAGACAAAAUCAUGGGGAGAUUGGAUAUUGGGAUCAAGCUUACAUGUGGAUUCGAAAUGCUGGCUGCAAAAGCUGAAAAGAGCAAAAGCAGAGUUGCCCGUGAGCUCGCUAUUGAACUCGAGGAUCUUGCAGAGGAUGGCGACGAGGCUCUCCCCUCAGACGAAGACAUCAAGGCAUGGAAGGAUCACGACCGUGAUGAUAGCGAAGCAUGGAUGGACAUCAAUUACCAAGACUUCGAGAAGGAAUUGGAUGGAAAAAGAGAAAAUGCUUCCUCCAACUCAAUGUCAGGAUUUGGAGAUGCGAAUACACAAUCCGAUCUUCGCAAGAUUGUGUCUCGCUUCGAAGCAUUUCUGAAUGACGACAGUGCUGGCAUGGACGGUGCAGAACUUGACGAAAUGGAUUAUGAUGAUGACGACGAAUUUGACGAAGACAGCGAGUCCGAGGAUAAGGAGGUUAGCUUUGACGAGGAGGAGUUCGCUAAGAUGAUGAGAGAAAUGAUGGGUCUACCAUCCACAGCCUCAAGCACAAACACAGCAAAGAAGUUUGCGACUCACCCCAACCCCCCUGUAAUUGACGAAGAGGACGAAGAGAUCCAGAAGCUCACCACGGAGUUCGAAGCAGAGCUCAACGAGCAUGGUGCACUCAAGCUUGACUCUGUUGAGAAGCAACCUCGUCUGAAGAAUGCAACUCAAAAAGAGGGAGAGAAUAGCCUAGCAGACAUCAAGGAGGAAGAGGAGAACAGUGAGGAGGAAGUCGAUAUUGAUUACAACCUGGCAAAGAACCUACUCGAAAGUUUCAAGAGCCAGGCUGGUAUGGCUGGACCGACUGGUAACUUAUUGGGAAUGAUGGGCUUUCAGCUACCACGAGACGAAGACGAUGAGAACGAGAAGGAAGAUGAAGAGACUGGCAAUAAUUCAGCAAAAGGGAAGGGAAAAGCACGAGUAUAG